AUGUUCGAACUGCUUGAUGACGCAUUAGCGAUGAUUCAGAUCAAUGAUGACACGUACAGCUAUACUCCAGCAUUAGGUCCGAUUCAUCUCCUUGGUCUAAUGGAAGACGACAGCACACUUCGUUCUUUCUUGCAGCUAUUGCAUCUGCACAGGUCAAUCGAAGUGCAGAUUGCCCUAACGCCGACUGUGUGCUUGUUAGAUGACGGCAUGUUGGACGUUACGCCGCGGUCACAGGAGGACAAGCAGAUUUUUCAACGCAACUGCCAGUCCUCUCUGCUCCUCUCACUACCGGGUGAGCUUCGCAAUCGAGUCUUCGGCAACGUCAUGGGUGGCUUCCAAGUCUUCGUUAGAUGGGGGUCUGUCCCUAAGGGAAAGUAUAAGGACGAGUUGACGAAGUGCCUUAAGAACCGCACUCGGCUGCUCAAUCCCUCCAAUCAAACAGCUCACCACGAGAAAGUGCUGUCGUUCAUGGACGAAUACAGGAAGCCUACACACAUCGUUUCAAAGGUCAAGAUCACGCGCAGCACACAUUCCCGUGGUCCACACGAGAGCAACCCCUUCGUAUCGCUCCAGCAGACCUGCCGGCAGAUAUAUACCGAAACUGCCAAGCUGCCAUUCUCUCGUAUCAAUAGGUUUUGGUACUUGGACGAGCGUGCUAUCGACACUCUCAUGCUGUGGAUCAGACCAAGUCAAAUCCAAGCCAUCACUAAGCUCUUCUUCGUCGUCGUAGAAGAUGUGCACGAGCCUUCUGAAACGGGAGACAUAGACUUGAAGCGUAUCCGGAACCUAGGCAUGCUGACGGGUGUAAAGCACAUCUCCGUUGCUGUGGCGGUGAGGUACUCGGGUUGCGUACCUCAGUCGAUGAAGGAUGCCGCGCUGGAGCGGAUACGGGUAGGCUUAGGACCUAGGGUUCUAGAGUUUGCGCCUAAGGACGUUGAGUUGGUAUUCGAGACUUAUAAGCCGGAGGACUAG